UCCAUAGCCUGGAGUGAGUGAGAGAAAGAGGCAGAGAAAAAAGAGAGAGGGGAACUAGUUCCGAACCACAAAAGUCCAGUUUGCUUUAGACCAAACUGCGAUAGACAGAGCCAGAAGACAGAAGAAAGAGAGAGAUCAGCACUUGUCCUGCCUAUCUUACAACAGGAACAGCAUUUUACUGUUACGGCUGCAGUUGGAACGUGGGCAUAACUGCACAGAAUGUCUAAACAGCCAUCGACCAAUGUAAAAGCCCUGCAGGCCAACCUCAAUAUUCCAAUGGGGGGUUUGCGUCCUGGGGCAGGACUUCCUGCGAAGAGGAGAGAGGAUACAGUAGAAACAGAGGAGGGAUCCCCAGUCACUCCAGAUGACAAAAAGCCCCUGCCUGGUGCUGUGAAACUACCGGGCCCUGCAGUCAACCUCUCGGAGAUCCAAAAUGUAAAGAGUGAGCUCAAAUGGGUCACAAAAGACUAAACAACAGGUGACUCCACCCCUAGCCCCUCUGCAUCCAAGGCAUUGGUUACUCUCUCCAUCCAAUCAGAUAAAAGCAUUUACCAUAAACUCCCAUCAAUUACAACAGAAUCAAUGACAAGCCUUAAUGACGACACCACUGACCCGAGAAUGUGCGAGGGAGUGGAUAUUAGCAGAGAAAAGACUGAUGACAAUUUACCAGUUAGAAAUGUCUGAAUUUACCAGACAUUUACCAUGUCUGUCUAAAAUAGGUCUUCUCUGUUUAAACCUACCUGUAUGCUGUCCUGUUCUGUAUUUUGUAUUUUUUAAUUUACUUUGUUCAGUAUAGGAAUUCUGUAUUCUACUACUAUAAUGUAUAGAGUCAUAUAGUGCUUUUUAUCUUGAAUCAUAGACAAUUUAUAAGGCUGCUGGAAUUGAAUGGAACAAAAAUAUAAUGCCGUAAUUCAUCCAUGUUCCAAGAAAAUCACAGAAAAUGUCUUGAAACAUUCAUCUUGAUCAAAUGUGACACAGAAAUAUCUAUUUUCUUUAUAGUUUUCUCUUAAAUCAACUCAUCUUUUUCCAUUCCCCCUCUAUCUCCAUCUUUGGAUUUGUUCUUGUGUAUUGCAGUAUAUGAGUAGGCUGUUGCAUAAUAAAACACAAUUUAGCGUUCUAUCCAGUUGCAAGCCUGUAGGAGGAUGAAGCCAACACUUGUUUUUCUUGAACAAAAAGAACAGGAUUUCAAAUGGUGCACCAUCAGUUUGUUAUGUACUUAAACCAGGAGUUGUUUAACAUUGUAAAACUCCUCUUUUCCUCCCCUGUAAAUCACAUUGCUUGUGUCUAUACUUCCUAAACAGCUCCUAGCAGUGGAAGGUGUCCUAUACUUAGAAAGUGUCCUUAUUAAAGAUCAUGUAUUCAUCCUUAGAUCAGAGUAACUCUGCAUUUUGAGCUACAGUUAAAGUAUCAGUAAAAGGUCUGCAAACAAGCCUGUUGAAAAAGCAUCCCAGGUGACACCUCAUGAAGUUGGUUGAGAGAAUGCCAAGAGUGUGCAAAUUGGUAAUCUAGGUAAAGGGUGGCUACUUUAAAGAAGCUAAAAUAUUUGUACUUUUUGUUUCUACGUUUUUUGGUCACUGCAUAAUUACCAUAAUUCCAUUUGUGUUAUUUAAUAGUUUUGAUGCCUUUACUAUUAUUCUAAAAUGUACAAAAUAGUAAUAAUAAAGAAUAAGUGUGUUCAAACUUA